AUGAGAAAGUUACUGAGUUAUGGUAUUUCUGAUGGUAUACGACUUGCAACAUAUGAUGCAGUUCAGUCGCUUCUUGCAGUGGCAACCCUUGAUUCGAAAAUAUAUAUAUUUAAGGAUAAAAACAUAAAGGUUCAAUACAGUUUGCCAAAACGAAUACCAAUUCUACAUUUAGUCCUUCAUGGUUGCUAUCUUAUUGCAAUUGAUUCCAGGAAUAAUUUGUAUUCGUGGUCUAUAGACACGGCAUCUAUAACACCCUCAGUUAUUUAUUCUAUCCGAGGUUAUGUGACAUGUGUUGAAACGGAUCCGUGUAUUGAUUGGUUAUAUAUUGGGCUCAAGGAUGGGACAGUUGAUGUGUGGGACAUUGAUAGGGAAUGUAUUUCUCCGUAUAAAAUUGCUAAUUUAUAUACUGCAAGACAUGAGAAAUGGCGUGAAAUGAAUUAUAAUUACGCUCCUUCUAAAUCAUAUUUGUCACCUGUUAUAUGUAUCAGGAUACAUCCAAGAGAUGUUGGGACACUUUUAAUUGGAUAUCCUGAUGGUGCUGUUUUAUAUUCGAUUAAAAAAAAUGCACCUGUAUUUUUUUUUGAGCUAGAAAUUCCUCAAAGAAUUUAUGAAACGAAUUCAGUGGGGAAGGUAGUCGUUUCUAGACCUAAGUUAACAAGUUUUUCAUGGGCUCCUCAUGGCUAUCAUCUUGUUACUUCUUAUCAAAAUGGAUGUUUUGCAUUUUGGUCAGCAAAAUCCGAUCAACGCCCUUUGCAAGUGCGUACACUAGAUGAAACUGAAGUCGAUAUACUUCUGGAAGAUAGAUUGAAGAAUGAUUCUCAUAGUUCUGUUUAUGCUCGUAACCCUAUUUUUUCAAUUUUAUGGAGUUGUAAUGAUGAUCUUGAAAAUACAUCAAUUUUUGUAGUUGGAGGAAACAUAAACAAUGAAGAUUCUAAAGAAUUAAGUAUUUUAGAUUUUGGACAGUCCCCUUCGUGUUCAUCGUCUGUAAACGUUUUUAGUCAAUACUAUACUGCACCUAAACAGCAUCAUGUUUUAUCACAUUUUUUGUCAAGUAAUGUUGUUGAUAUUUGUGUUUUUUCAAAAAUUUCUCAAUCUUAUUUUGGGAAUUAUAAUACUGAAUUAAUUAUGCUUAUUUUAGCCUCUGGUGAAGUAGAAUUAUUAAAAUAUCCAGAUGGUAUUUUUCUUAAUUCUUUAAAAUCGCUUCCAGCAUCACUCGAAUGGAUGUCACCAAGAAUUCGUGAUCUAUCAUUAUGUUGUAUGUCAAAUAAUGCCUUUUUGUCUGGAAAUGAAAGGCAACAAAAGAUAUUAUCUUAUAAUGAAGUUAUUGCUACUGGACAUGAUAAUGGAAUAGUGCGCUUAUAUAACGUUACAAGAGAUCAUAAGCUUGAGAAAAUGCAUGAAAUAUUUUUAGGGAAGGUUCUUAAUAAUUCAUCUGAUAUGAUUAAAGUUACAAUUACCAACCUUUCUGAAGCAUCAGAGCUUAUUGUUGGGUGCGAAAAAGGAGAACUCAUAAUAUAUAAUUCUUUUUCUUUUGAUAAAAAAAAAACAUUUGAAUCUGAUAAUUUUUCUCAAGCUUCUAAAGAAUUUGCAAAAUAUACCAUUGAGAAUUCUAAAUCAAACAGUUAUAUGGAUGAUAGAUCCAUUGUUUCAUUAAAUAACAAAAUAGAAGAUAAUUCUUCUCAAGUUUCAGUUUUUCAAAUACAUAGGGGUUCAGUAAUUUCUGUAAAAACCAGUAAUAUUGGCCUUGUAGCAUGUGGAUAUGAAUUUGGGACUGUUAUUUUAAUUAAUACGCAUAAACAAGCUAUUAUUUUUCAAAUUGAAUUAAGUGAAGUAAAAAGUGAAAAAAAGAAAUUUUCAAAAAAAACAAAAGACUUUGAAAAUGAUGAAAAUUAUGAAUUAGAAGUUGCACUGAUUUUUGAAUUUACUAUUGGGAAAUUUAAAACAAACGGCGAACCUGCUAUUUUAUUUAUGAUUGGGACAUCAACUGGAAGAUUAAUUUUUUACAGUAUAUAUUUCAUGUCUAAAAAUGAAUUUAAUAUUAAAUAUUUGGGGGAAUUCUUAUUUGAGAAUGAUUCAAUUAUUAAUAUUUUAUCGAUACACAGAAAUACAUUAAAACCUUACAUUAUCUAUCCAAAUAUUUUUAAAGACUUAAAAAGUAAUUCUGUUUUAGAAAAUUUAAUUUUAGUUGUAACCAAAAAUUCAUUAAAAAUGUUUGACUCAUGUUUUGUUGAAAUAUCACGAUAUCUUUAUGGGAAAUCUAUACAAUGCGUUUCGGCUAAUAAUAUUUAUCGAGAAGAAAUAGAUCCUGCUGUUGCUUGUGUAUUAAAUGACAAAAGGGUUUUACUUAUUUCGUUGUCAAAUUUGAGUCUUAUUACUAGUAUUAAUUUACCUUCUUCAUUUAGCGAUAAAUUAAAUAAAAGUAUUGUUACACUGGCUGCUAACAUAUAUCUUUGGGUAAAUGAAACAGAACUUUCUCUUUUUUAUCUACUUGGAAAUGGCGUAAGAAUUAAUGAAUUUUCUUCUGGUGUUCUUUAUGAUGAUUUAAAGAAAGUUCCUCAACGACCUACAAUCUCAACAUGGGAAUGGAUAAUUGGUACAAAUUAUAUUACAAUUGCAGAGUUGGAUUUAUUAAUUGGUGGAUCGAAUCGUCCAUUACCUAAAAAACUCCUUAAUUCAUUGGCAGAACAAAAGUUGAAAGAUAGAACAAAAAAAAAAGCAGCACCUGUAGAUGAACAGAAUAGUUUUCAAAGUUCUGGUACUCUAUUUACUCAGACUACUGAAAAUAUUCGUGAACGAGGGAAAAAGAUCUUUGGAAUUGAAGAGAAACUUAACUCCCUUGAAAGUUCAUCAAUGAGUUUGCUUAAAAGUAUACAAGAUUAUGCUGGUCAGCAAAAAAAUGCUAUACGCAAGCAAGCUCUUAAAAGUACUAUUAAAAGUUUUUUUAGAUAA